AUGGCUCCACAGAAAAAGACUAAAUUUGAACAACAACAAACACAUCCUCCGAAAGAGGCAGCGGAGGAAGAGGAACAUAGUCCUGGUAGUGGUGCUCCUCGUACACGUCGUGCACGACGUGCAGCUGAUGGGACUAGGAGUAAAGCUAGGAAGGGUAUUCAAUUUGAUGGGGAAUUUGUAAUAACUCUCGGACAAGGGGAUAUGAAAACAGAGCGUGUUCCAAGUAGUGGGCAAGGUACAAAGGGUGAUUAUGUACUUCUGGAAUACGGUGGACAGGGACCUCCUACGAUCAGUUGGGAUAACUCGAAUAAAGGUCCAACAACAACAAAAGUACCACAGGUAGAAGUGAAAACAGCAGUAGCUGUGAACAAAAAUAAAAGGACAGCAAGGUAUAAAUGUCCCAAUGGAACCAAUGAUGAUGUGUUCGUGGAUGUCGAGGAAGAGUAUGACGACGACGAGAAUGAAAAGGAACGAAGUAUUACUGAAUGGUUCAAUCUAUUUUCGGAGGAUGUAAGACAAGAGGAUGAUAAGAAAUAUAAAGAAUUGAACAUUCUACUACCCUUAUGUGGAGGCUUGGAAGAACAUCUUGGCGAUGAUAUGGGCAAGUACGAAAAGUUCUGUGAAAUAAUGAUGAAAAACAUAAUGUUUGUAACUAACCCAAAGAAUCAAUAUAAAAACAAAGAAGGGAAGGAAAAGACACCAUGUAAAAGAACCGUAAACAACAUUCCUAUAUGUGAUUUAUUAAAAGCAUGGACAUAUUUUAUGCAUUUGUUCUGUGCUCCUAAGGGGGUUAUAGAUUACACAUUUGAGAAGGUGAAAAAAGUAAGGGAAGAAUUUAAAGGAGCAUUAAAUAAGGAUCAGGAGUAUGCGGAAUGUGCUUAUGAUGGUGCACCUAACAUUCCUGAUGACAACGCAGGGGUUUUGCCACAUGAUGUGCAACAACUAUUGCUCACAAAUAUGUUGUAUUAUAAAAUAAUGAAAGAAUCAACUAAGCAGAAAUGGUGUACCGAUGGGGCUAAAUGGCAAGAUCUGAUCAAUACGCUUGAAGAUUCAGCCCGUUUACGGGUCGAUAAGGAUAAACCUGAUCAGAUUAUCUCCGCUGAUGACGAAUCAAAUAGCGUGCACAAAAUUGUUAAGCAAGUGGAAGAAAGAUUAAAAGAGGAAAAAGAGGAGGAAAAGGAACAAAUGUCAGAAGUCUUACAACCAGCCAAAGAAGAAAAACCAGUUGUUGUUCCUCAACCCGAAGUAUCAACACCCCAACUUCCACCCAAACCACCCCAAGCACCAGCAUCCCCCGUCCUUCCAGCUCGACCCCCUCCACCACCACCAAGAAGACCAUCCACACCAAGACAAGCACUUCCCUCAAGUGAGGACUGCACCAACAAGAAAACCUUAUGUCAACGCGCCAAUUGUGUAGCACAUAAUUGGUUUAAUGACAGAACAACUAAUGAUGGGGAUGGAAGACAGUACUGGUGUAAUUUUUGGGGGGGGAAUGACGUCGGAAGAGUGUUAAGAGAAUUGUCUAAGGCUAUGACCAAUGGGAAUGGAACUGACGCAGGUUUAUGUGAGAAUAUUCAGGAUAGAAAUAGUACUACACCUUCAGAAGCAAAUAAAAAAGCUUGUGAAUACAUUACUAAAGGUUUACAGCAUAUAUACAGCAUUAAGGAAGAAGAGAAACAAAAGUACGGAAAUCAGAAGAAAAAUAACCGAAUAUUUGAUCAAGUUAUUGGAUGCCUCUUCCUGAACGCAUACGCAAAUAAAUUGCGAAACCUGGAAAAAUGCCCUAUUGAAGAGAAAAUAAUAGAACAAGCAUUUAAUGAAGGAAAUACACAGAAAGAAACUUGGUGUUUAGAUAAGGGGAAUGGUGAUUGUCCAGUGUGUGAACGGGAGCAAAACUAUGGAGAAUGUAAAUUGAACACGGACAGUAAGCUCUGGUACAGUGGGGGUUGCGAUAAAGACAAAGAUAAUAUAAAGAAUAAAUUGGAUAACAUGCUUAGGGCGGAAGGAAAAAUAACACAAACUCUAACGGAUAUAAAUAAUUUAUGUACUGACACUACAAAACCGGAAGCAAAGGAUGCGAAGCCUGAGCGUAAAGAGUCAAAGGAAGAAAUAAAACCAAAGGUAAAUGACCCCAGUGAUACACCUGCUGCAGAUGAUAAUCAACAACCUGCUCUUCGUGGAGGCGGCAGUCCCAGUCAUGACACCCCCUCCGUUCUUCCACUUACUCACAAGAAGGAAAACCCCGUCCUUCCUUACCUCCCUCUUGCUCCCGCCGUGCUUGGUAUAUCUGUUAUGAGCUAUCUUCUUUGGAAGGUAAAAAAUAAAUAA